AUGUCUCGCCAGUGUGCUGCAAGGACCCAAAGUGGCUUCAGUGCUGCUUCUGCCUUCAUCCCAAGUGCCAGCAGCAGCAGCAGCUUCUGCCUGCGUUCUGCAGCCCAAGGGGGCAGCUGCAGUGCUGCUGCUGGCUGUGGAAGGCUUGCAGGAGGGUUUGGCAGCAGAAGCCUCUACAGCCUUGGGGGUUGCAAGAGGAUCUCUGCAGCUGGGACCUGUGGAGCUGCAGGGUUUGGUGCUGGCACAGGGUUCUCCUGUGGAUUUGGUGGUGGACUUGGUGGUGCCUAUGGGUUUGGGGGUGGGUUUGGUGGCCCUGGCUUCCCUGCUGUGCCAGCUGGGGGCAUCCAGGAAGUCUCAGUCAACCAGAGCCUUCUGAAACCUCUCCACUUGGAGCUCGACCCCAAGAUCCAGAGUGUCUGUAAGGAGGAGAAGGAGCAGAUCCAAAGCCUCAACAACAAGUUUGCCUCCUUCAUUGACAAGGUCCGAUUCCUUGAGCAACAGAACAAGGUCCUGGAGACCAAAUGGGCCCUGCUGCAAGAGCAGGGCAGCAAAAGAGUCAGGAACAACAUUGAGCCUCUCUUUGAGACCUACAUCAACAACCUCAGGAGGCAGCUGAGCAGCCUGCUGGCAGACAAGGACAACUUGGGAGGGGAGCUGAGCAAGGUGCAGAGCCUGGCUGAGGACUUCAAGAACAAGUAUGAAGAGGAGAUCCACAAGCACACAGCAGUGGAGAAUGAGUUCGUGACCCUGAAGAAGGAGGUGGAUGCUGCCUACCUGAACAAGACAGAGCUGCAAGCCAGGCUGGACUCCCUUGGGGAGGAGAUUGAGUUCCUCAGAGCCCUCUAUGAAGCUGAGCUGUCUCAGGUGCAGAGCCAGAUCUCUGACACCUCAGUGAUCCUGACCAUGGACAACAGCCGCAGCCUGGACAUGGGCAGCAUCAUAGCAGAGGUCAAGGCACAGUACGAGGACAUCGCCACCCGGAGCAGGGCAGAGGCUGAGGCUUGGUACCAGUCCAGGUAUGAGGAGCUGCAGGCCACAGCAGGCAGGCAUGGGGACGACCUCCGCAACACCAAGCAGGAGAUCUCGGAGCUGAACCGCCAGGUCCAGAGGCUGCGCUCGGAGAUCGACAGCGUCAAGAAGCAGUGCAGCAGUUUGCAGACCUCCAUCGCUGACGCCGAGCAGCGCGGGGAGCUGGCCCUCAAGGAUGCCAGGACCAAGCUGGCAGAGCUGGAGGCAGCCCUGCAGAAGGCCAAGACAGACCUGGCCAGGCAGCUGAGGGAGUACCAGGAGCUGAUGAACGUCAAGCUGGCCCUGGACAUCGAGAUUGCAACCUACAGGAAGCUGCUGGAGGGAGAGGAGUGCAGGCUCUCUGGAGAAGCUGCCAACGCAGUGAACAUCUCUGUGACCAGAAGCACCUCAGGAGCAGGCUGUGGAGGUGGAAACUGUCUGAGCUUUGGAGGCAGCAGUGGUGGUGGAGCUGGGGUCUGUGCUGGAGGCAUCAGCUUCAGCUCUGCAAGUGGGCAAGGCACAGCUGGGCCAUGCGUGGUUGGUGGAAGCAGCUCCAGCAUGAAGUACACCUCCAGCACCUCUUCAACCAGGAGGUGCUACUGA